AUGCCCAAAGGCAGAGUGGAGGUGCCGUGGUUCUUGGAACGCGGGGUAAGUUUAAUCAGAUUAUAUAACUUAAAAUCCAUACAGGACAAGUUAAGUAUAACUUGUUUUGUGUUUUUUUUUUCUAUUGUAGAUUGGUGUCAUGAAUGUCCAAGAAUUCUUGACUACGUUCGCAGGGUGAGUUUUCCCUUUUUUGUUUCUCAGUAUGUGGGAAUUUGAGGCGUGCACAACUAUUCUCAAAAUAUGGUCUUAAAAGUUACCCCACUUGCAGUGAUGUAGGCUAUGUUCACUAGGCUGAUUUAGCAACAGAACGGGAACGUCAUAUUACGACGGCGUGCGCAAAUCAAACAACUGGCUUGACCAAUGGUAGAGCGGCAAAUUGGGCACCGGAAGUCGAGUUUAGUCCUUUCCGCGCGCUUUCCCGUCGUCAAAUGACGUUCCCGUUCUGUUGCUAAAUCAGCCUACUCUACCGGAUAGCACGAAAACCAUACUGGAUAGGGGUUCUGUUCACACACAUAAAAACGGUGAUUUCUGUGGGCGCGAUUUCUCUAACGAAGCGAAGCUUCGCUGCGCCGAUCUAUAAAUUAGAGAGUCACAUGUCGGAUAGCUGUUCACACUAUACCGGAUAGAUUUUCUGUCCGGUUUAGAGUUAAUUUAGCCUUAGUAUGACGUGUUGUUUAGCAGUUUGACACUAAUUUUUUUACAUGCUUCAGGCUCCCAUUUCGACAGGGGCUUUUGUUUUCAUAAGCGUGGUUCACUAAAUUAUCACCGCUAAUAUAAGGGAUUUGAGCAGAGCUGGCACUUGUAAUGCAGCGCUGACCGACCUUGGUUAUAUAACUGUAUUUUUAUUUCUUGCUUAUAGAGAGAGCGAAGCGAAGACUUUAGUCAAUACACGGCCACACGUGUCUUGUUCGGAAACUUCUACAACUUAUACAGCGAUGGAAUGCAGUACUCCAGAAGGUAAUUUUUUUUGCUUUUUUCAAUCAAUAGUUUUAAAUCUUAAAGCCAUAUUACAGUAAAAACCCCCGAGUAAGAACCUGUUAGGCUAAAAUUUGCCAGUUAGACCCCCUUCAUAAAAAAAAAAACCUGUUUUGCGUACACUUUGAAAUAGGUUCUUAUGUUCUAAAAUCUAUAAAACAAUUCUGUAGACUUAAGUAAGAUACUUCUGGCAAGUAAGAGAAGUCAACAUUCAGGAUCCUCUUUAGAGAGAUGGUUGCUUUAUCACUCCAACUGUAUUGUAAUGGUUUAAAGAUUUUACAUAAGCAAUAAGCUGAAGACCACUAAAUACCCUUAGCUGCUAUGUAUUUGUUUUUCUUCGAAAAUAACAGCGUAGAUAGCCUAAAUUUGUGCCAAUUGCCAUUUAUUUAAGAAUCUGCUCAGGCUAACUUGGGAAAAUGCGGGUUCUUACUCGCGGGUUUUUAUUUUAUAUCAAACUUAUAUUCCAUGCAUUACUCUAAGAAGGUAACGCUGUGCGUUAGUGGCCCAUCUCUAUCGUUACUGCGCGAAAGCAUUCAAGGGAUUCGAGUGAAGUGAAGUAUUCGUGUUUGGUGGGGGGAGGGGGGGGGGUGGCUGUGAUAAAUGCUCAAGAUCGUAGAAAGUGUAUUUAGUUUACGCAAUCGGAGACCCCGCCACCCCCUAGAAAGAGGAAGGGCGUUGAAGUAGCGGUUGUCGAAAGCCGUGUAGUGUGUUUUUUUCAUCUCUAUCAUUCCAUUCAGCUUCUAAGUUGAGUUUUUAAUUUUAUUCUUUAUUUUAAACAGAUGAUGCUCCCUGUCCGACAUCAGAGGGCACGCCAAUGUCUGACUCCUCAACAGACAGUCCAAUUAUGGAAACAUGCACCACCCCGCAUCAAAGCGCAGAGGAACAGCCUCAGCUCGGCAGUAGCCUCGCCCCUCAAAAGAGAACAGUGCGGUCACUGAGCUGGGAUACUGGAACCAUGACUCAAACCAGACUACAGAUCCUGUCGUGUGUGAGGAGGGAGCGUGAUAUCAUCCUUAAUCAGAUCAGCAGUAGUACUCCAUCCAGUCCCGUCAGUCGGUCCAUGUGACUAGACCGGGGUAGUCACCUUUAGCCUAUGCACAGGGUGGCUACAUCAGGCCCGGAUGAUAUUAUUUUUCUGUACCUCUAAAUGCAGUUUGGUGUGACGUUUUGUUAAUGCCUGUGUUCAUGAAUUGCUCAAGGAUUAGAAGGAGUAUUUUUUCCACUCCGUUUUGGGUUUUUUGGUUUCAUUCAGCAACGUAGCCGUUGAAUUUUGGCAUGAAGCUAACACGGUGAAGGUACUUUGCAUGACAGCGGAAGUAACAAGUGCUUUACAGUACGUCACACAUUGAAGAGACCAUCGUAGUUGAUUUAAAAAUUGUGCCUUCACGAUGAUUUUUCGAAACAGAAAAGAGAAUUUAACGUUAAUGUUGAAGAGUUUUGUACAGUCUUUGUAUUUGUUCUCAGUGAAGGCCACAAAAUUUGUGAAUACACUCGUCUCCUUUGACCCUUUUUUCCUAGCGUGGUUUUUUGUUUCCAUUUUAAUGAAUAUUUUUGGGGAAUUGAUGUAAAAAAAAAACAUUCGAUGAAUGAUAGAUGUGAUUAAUGUCGAUAAUUCAAUUUCGUAACAAAUAAGCUAUCAGAGUUCCUUCUAUUUUGUCUAAUUUCUUUAUGACAGAAAUGUUUUUGUUCGUUCGACAAAUUUGUAAAUAAAAUUAUCAAAUUGAAUUUCUAUCUUAUGUACAAAUGAUUUUUUUAAGUUGUAACAAAAGAUAUUAAUUUUUUUUUGUCAAGAGCAAUAAUAUAUGUUAGCGAUUCUGUACAGAUACAGUCACAGAUACGGAUACAGCCACUAGACUCGCUGUUUUUCACGCUUUAUAUUGAAGAGUUA